CCACGCAACCAUGGCAACCACUCCGGUAUCUACGAUUGGCGGCGGGCGCAGCAGUCGACGGCGUUGAGGUGUGGCGCGAACUUGGAGAUUUAGAGCUGCGAUCCCUUCGACGCUAAGCAGGACUUGAGUCGGCGUACAAUGUCAUCGCCUCGUGUCGCUGUGGUCACAGGUAGCAACAAGGGCAUUGGGUUCUGCAUAGUGAGGUUCCUGUGUCAACAGUUUGAAGGAGAUGUCUUCCUGACAGCCAGGGAUGAGAAGCGCGGGAAUGCAGCAGUGGCAGAGCUCAACAAGCAGUUGCUGCGCCCAAAGUUUCACCAGCUUGACAUCGACGACAUUGAGAGCAUUCGCAGAUUUCGCGACUUCCUCAAGAGCACGUACGGUGGUUUGGACGUGCUCGUGAACAAUGCCGGCAUUGCUUACAAGCAAGCCUCCACAGCACCGUUUGCAGAACAAGCGGAGGUCACUGUCAAGACGAACUUCUUUGGGACGCUCAAUGUCUGCAAGGAGCUCUUUCCUUUGCUGCGACCACACGCCAGAGUGGUUAACGUGAGCAGCAUGGCCGGCAUGCUGCAGAGAAUUCCUGGAGAAGAACUGAAGAAAAAGUUGAACAACCCCGAAAUUAGUCUGGAGGAGCUUUGCAGCCUCAUGAAGGAGUUUGUGCAGGCUGCCAAGGACGGCAAGACUGGUGAGAAAGGAUGGGGGCAGUCGGCUUACGUUGUGUCGAAGGUUGGAGUCACUGUGUUGUCCUUCGUCCAGCAGCGCGAAUUCAACUCAGACCCUCGAGAGGACCUGGUUGUGAACGCUGUGCAUCCAGGCUUCGUGGACACUGACAUGACAAGCCACAAAGGGCCAUUAACACCCGAACAAGGUGCCGAUGCUGCAACCUACUUAGCUCUCCUGCCUCCAAACAUCCAGUCACCCAAAGGAGAGUUUGUCUGGCAUGACCGCACGAUUACCCCGUGGGACAAGUAGAAAAGAAAGAAAGCCCUGAAGGCACUGAACUACCUCUGAUCUUGUAGUCGUAUAAU